CUGGCGGGGCGGCAGGUGCGCGGACUACAAGUCCCAGCAUGCCCAGCUGCCCUGACCCGGCCCCCCGAUGCACUUAAAGGCUCCCGAGCCGCAGCCGUCGGAGCGCUGAGGCUUUCGCUUUGCCCCGGAGGCUGGGCUGGUGGAGCGGGCUCGGCGGCGGGCUUUCUUCGCGCGCGGCUCUGGUAGCGCCGAGGGGCGCUCCUCGUCCAGCCUUCACGGUUCGGGGAUUCCCUUCCGAGGCGCCCGCGUCCCCGGGCUCCCCGCCUCGGCCACCCCGCGGCCCCGAUGCCGAGGCAUGGAUAGAGCGGCGCUGCGCGCGGCGGCGAUGGGGGAGAAGAAGGAGGGCGGCGGCGGGGGGGACGCGGCGGCCGCGGCCAGCCGGGCGCUGCAGCAGUGCAGGCAGCUCCAGAAGCUCAUCGACAUCUCCAUCGGCAGCCUACGCGGACUGCGCACCAAGUGCGCGGUGUCCAACGACCUCACCCAGCAGGAGAUCCGGACCCUGGAGGCGAAGCUGGUCCGGUACAUUUGCAAGCAGCGUCAGUGCAAGCUGAGCGUGGCUCCCGGCGAGAGGCCCUCGGAGCUCAACAGCUACCCCCGCUUCAGCGACUGGCUGUACACCUUCAACGUGAGGCCGGAGGUGGUGCGGGAGAUCCCCAGCGAGCUCACUCUGGAUGUCCUGCUGGAGAUGGACGAAGCCAAGGUGAAGGAGACGCUGCGGCGCUGCGGGGCCAGCGCUGAGGAGUGCGGCCGGCUGCAGAACGCCCUCACCUGCCUGCGGAAGGUGACGGGCCUGGGAGGGGAGCACAGGGAGGACUGGAGCUCACAGGACGCCCGGCGGGAAAGCAGCUCGGGGCCUUUCUCGGACACACACUCACAGACCAGCCUGCCCUGGAUGCUGGGGGGCUCCCCACUGGGCAGAUCAGGCAGCAGUGCCCAGGGCCCACGCUCCGUCUCCGUGUCAGCUCUACCUGCCUCGGACUCCCCGACCCCUGGUCCCAGCGAGAGCCUGGCGGACACCUGUAUCCCCCUGCACGCCAGCGGCCGGCUGACCCCCCGCACCCUGCACAGCUUCAUCACGCCCCCGACCACGCCGCAGCUGCGACGGCACGCCAGGCUGAAGCCGCCGCGGACGCCACCCCCACCCAGCCGCAAGGUCUUCCACCUGCUGCCCAGCUUCCCCACGCUCACCCGGAGCAAGUCCCACGAGUCACAGCUGGGGAACCGCAUCGACGAGGUCUCCCCCAUGAGGUUUGAUCUCCCGCAUGGAUCCCCACAGAUGGUACGAAGGGACAUCGGGCUCUCCGUGACACACAGGUUCUCCACCAAGUCCUGGCUGUCACAGGUCUGCCACGUGUGUCAGAAGAGCAUGAUGUUUGGAGUGAAGUGCAAGCACUGCAGGUUGAAGUGUCACAACAAGUGUACAAAAGAAGCCCCUGCCUGUAGAAUAUCCUUCCUACCAAUAUCUAGGCUCCGGAGGACGGAAUCUGUCCCUUCGGACAUCAACAAUCCUGUGGAUAGAGCAGCCGAACCCCAUUUUGGAACCCUCCCCAAAGCACUGACAAAGAAGGAGCACCCUCCAGCCACGAACCCCCUGGACUCCAGCAGCAACCCAUCCUCCACCACGUCUUCCACGCCCUCCUCGCCAGCACCCUUCCCAACGUCCUCCAACCCAUCCAGCGCCACCACGCCGCCCAACCCCUCACCCGGCCAGCGGGACAGCAGGUUCAACUUCCCAGCUGCCUACUUCAUUCAUCAUAGACAGCAGUUUAUCUUUCCAGACAUUUCGGCCUUUCCGCAGACAGCCCUGUCCCCCGAUGCUGCAGACAGUACCCGGCCCGAUGACCAGCCCAAAACAGAUGUGUUGGAGGAUCACGAAGUGGAGGCUGAGGAGCCGGAGGCUGGCAAGUCGGAGGCAGAAGACGACGAGGAUGAGGUGGACGACCUGCCGAGCUGCCGCCGGCCCUGGAGGGGCCCCAUCUCUCGCAAGGCCAGCCAGACCAGUGUGUACCUGCAGGAAUGGGACAUCCCCUUUGAGCAGGUGGAGCUGGGCGAGCCCAUCGGGCAGGGCCGCUGGGGCCGGGUGCACCGUGGCCGCUGGCAUGGCGAGGUGGCCAUCCGCCUGCUGGAGAUGGACGGCCACAACCAGGACCACCUGAAGCUGUUCAAGAAGGAGGUGAUGAACUACCGGCAGACGCGGCACGAGAACGUGGUGCUCUUCAUGGGGGCCUGCAUGAACCCCCCGCACCUGGCCAUCAUCACCAGCUUCUGCAAGGGACGGACAUUGCACUCAUUCGUGAGGGACCCCAAGACAUCUUUGGACAUCAACAAGACGAGGCAGAUUGCUCAGGAGAUCGUCAAGGGCAUGGGCUAUCUGCAUGCCAAGGGCAUUGUGCACAAAGAUCUCAAAUCCAAGAACGUCUUCUAUGACAACGGCAAAGUGGUCAUCACAGACUUCGGGCUGUUUGGGAUCUCAGGCGUGGUCCGAGAGGAACGGCGUGAGAACCAGCUGAAGCUGUCCCAUGACUGGCUGUGCUACCUGGCCCCCGAGAUCGUCCGUGAGAUGGCCCCCGGGAAGGACGAGGACCAGCUGCCGUUCUCCAAGGCUGCUGAUGUCUAUGCAUUUGGGACCGUGUGGUAUGAGCUACAGGCAAGAGACUGGCCCCUUAAGAAGCAAGCCGCUGAGGCCUCCAUCUGGCAGAUCGGAAGCGGGGAAGGGAUGAAGCGCGUUCUGGCCUCUGCCAGCCUGGGGAAGGAAGUCAGCGAGAUCCUGUCUGCCUGCUGGGCUUUUGACCUCCAGGAGAGGCCCAGCUUCACUGUGCUGAUGGACAUGCUGGAAAAACUGCCCAAGCUGAACCGGCGGCUCUCCCACCCUGGACACUUCUGGAAGUCAGCUGAGUUGUAGGCCUGGCCGCCUUGCAUGUGCUGGGGCUUCCCUCCUCCUAAUCGACCGCUCAGGAUGUGACUUCCGCUAAAACGCCUAACGAGAUGCGGCACUAACCCAGGGGAUGCGAUCUGCUGCUACAGUCUUCUCUCCCGAAACUUCUUUUGCUUGUUUGUUUGUAAUACUGGCCCUCUGCCCCUCCUGCGUGUGCCUAACUGCUCAGCGGGAAGAUCCCACUAACCCAGCUCCCCUCCAGGGUGGUUUGAGCAGCUUUUAACUCCCUUUCGGGAUACAGCUUUUAUUUCUCUCUCGGAUUUUCUUCUGUGGGAUGGGCUGGUUUUGUUUGGGUGGUCCUGUCUUGGAACUGACAUUUUAACGAGGUUAAGCCCUGCCCCCUGAGCACACCAGCUCCCUUCCCCACUGGGUGUGUUCGUAGCACCCAGGGUAGGAGUUCAGAGCGUGGUCCUGGGCCACAGACAGCAGAACCACUGGUGUGCUCACUAAAUGCAGAUUCCUGGGCACCCCCCAAGGCCUGCUGAGUCCACAUUUCUGGGGGCAGGCUCUGGGAAUCUGCAUUUUGACCAGCCUCCCAGAUGCACCCCAAAGUUUGGGAGUCAUUUCCAGAAGGAGUCCAAGAUGUCCCUCUCGGUGCGGAAAGUCGGGUGUCUCUCUUCCCCGGGUCCACUCAGAACUAGAGACUUCCUGGGCUGCAAGUGAGAAAAGAGCUCAGAUGAGCCCACGGCAGCUCCUGUGCACACUGGCUGAUGGGGUCAGAGACGAGCUGACCCUGCUCUCCAAGUGGAGAGAGUAGUCAGGGCCCAAGACUUGACCCCUCCAGCCGAGAGUGACCAGGAGCAGCCGUGCCUCACUUUCCCUUCUUGGUGGGUGGCCUUGGCCAAGCUUCUGGAGCUGGCCCGCUGCUCACAGGGCAAGUGCUAACCUAAUUCCAGUCGAGAUCAGUGAGGCUGUAACCCUUGUCUUUCUUCCUCUUUGCAGCAUUAACAGCAGUAAAGUGGUGCCCCGGUUUGAAAGGUUUGGCUUGGGCGUCCUGGAGUCCGGUCAUCCAAAGGUGUAGCCAGGUGUGCAGGUUUUCUGCCGCCGGUUUAUUUCUUUUUGUGUGUUUCUAAACCACCCCGCGCAACCACCAUGACAAAAAACACUCUUUGAAGUGUCGGUCCCCUCCUCAGCCUGCGCUGCAGACCAGGAGCACGAGCCCUCCAUGCAAAGUGUUUGUCCUCGAAAACACGCGGGUCCUGGAGAUGGAGCCACACAGGCUGUCUCUUAAAAUGAUGCCACCAACAACCAAACCUGUCCAGACAGACAGCAAAUGUUUACAUGUAUGUUUCUGCUGAGUGAACAUGAUGUUUUACAAUAGGUAAUAAUAAAAACAGCCGGUGUCCCUGCGAAGGUGCACUGGCACCGUUGGCUGGGAGGGCGGAAGUGGCCGUCCCCUCUGGAGGACCUGCAGGCAGUGAGGAGCCCGUGCUGGGCCAGAAGCAAGAAAGGCCUCAAGUGGGAGCUUUCUUGGGGCACAGGGCGGUGGGGGGGGGACCACAAAGUUGGACGUGGCCUCUGCUUUGGCCCCAAACCCCACCAAUGGGGAAUUUCCCUCUACCCUAUCAAAGGGAUGCCGUCCCCUUCUUCAUCUUGCAGAGGGUACGUGGUGAGGGGCCAAGCUGGAUCACAGGGGUCGGAGGUCCUGGAGAGCUUGAGUUCACCUCCAACCUCUAUAAUCCAGCCCAUUUCUGUGGAGGCGGACAGAAUCCAGACUAACCCCUGGACUGAUGUACUGGUUCGUAGCCUGUGACUGUGCAGGAUAGGGAAGCCUCUGCAAACCUGUAGAGACUAAGGAGAUGGGACCCAGGCAGCCCAGCAGCUGUGGGUCUUGACGGCCAGAUCAGUGAGAACAAGGCGGGGAGGGGAGGGAGAGUGGGGGGCAGCGAGUGCCUGAGCCCACCCUUCCCAGCCACGUGCUGACUGGCCCUUUGGAUACCCAUCCUCAGAGGCACCAGAAGGCUUUGGGCUGCCCACCUCUUCCUCUUCCUCGGUCCUGCUGAAACCUCCUCCACUGUCUGGGCUCUCAGCUGAGAGGAGGUGACCUGUGGCCUCCCAACCCCUUUCAGUGAAACCCACCUGGCCAGCCAUCCCUCACGCCCCCAAUCUCCAGAGCCUUCCUAGGCACCCAGUUUGGCCUUGUGCCAGAUUUGGGGAGACCCUUUGAUGUGAGAGCACCCUGCCUGUCUUCCUUUGGAAAUUGUCACCUAAAGAGAGAAGUUGCACAAGACAAAGAAGCUCUUUGUGGAGGUUUCAUUACAUUAGGCUCCAAAACCAGAAAAGCAAAAGCGUGAUGGGAGUGUAGCUGUGAUAGGAUUCAGACCCACAAUCUGUGACCGGGCCCUGAGCCCUGAGCUGAGGGAGGAGGCAGGUUACCCCCCAACCCCUUUCAGUGAGACACACUUGGCCAGGCCCUCGGUCUUGAGGGCCUUCCCAGGCACCACAGUCGCCAUAGCGUCGUAUAAGACGGGCUCCUCAGCCUAGAGGCUGUGGGGGUGCUGUCCCGCUCUCCUGGCCCAGUCCCCCUUGACCGACCACUACUUUAAAGCACCACUACGUGCAAAUGUACCCCAAAGACCUUCCCAACAGCCCCCCCUGCCCAUCAGCCUCCAGCCACAAACGGUAGCGCCUUAACCCUUUCCAGUUAGGGUGUGGGAGGAAGAAAGGGGAGCUGUCAGCCCAUUAGCUUCAGCUUUCUGUGGUUGUGUUCCUGUCACCCCAUCAUCCCUGUGACCCCCACCCCAAAGCCCCCAGAAUGUACCUGUCUCUCCUGUGGCCACGUCAGUCUCCCCCCCACGCUGCGCCUUUCCACAGGUGGCAGCCUGCAUGCCUCUGGCCUCUCACACUUUGGGGUCAUGUCCUGCUCACAGCCCCAGCUCAGUGCCAACGUUGGCCUUCCGUCAGGCAAGAGUGAACCCGUGGACAAACCACUGGGCCCCAGUCAGCUGAGAACUUCCCCUUCCCCUGCCUCCAGGGCAAAGGAGGCUCCCAGCCCACGGAGGGUCGGCUUAGUUGUUUUUGUUUUUUUAUUUUUGCUUUUCUUUCUUGUAAACAUCCUAUCCUCAGAUCACAUCAAUUCCAGAAGCUUUCGUUGAGUGCCUGCUGUGUACCCCGUCUUCUGCAAGUGCUGGGGACCCAGAAAUGGGAACACUCCAUCCUUGCCCUUAAGGCACUGACAGUGGGGGAGUGGCUCUGAUAUCUGCAAGAACCCAGAAGCCACUAAGCCCCCAGGGGGUGGGAGUGAGGGACACCCCCACCCCAAGACCCUGGGCAGUCUCUCAGCCCUCAGCCUGCACCACCGCACUGCCCGAUGUCUAAGAAACUCCUGAGGAAAUUCACCCCGUGGCCCCCUUCUCCCUCUGUGUGUUGAAGUGACUGUGAAUGGAGGGUAGGAAGCCCCGCUUGCCCUUCUGUGUGAUCUCCCCCGUCCACCCUGGAAACACACGGAGGAUGACAGAUACUGUGAAUUCAGCCCUUGCCAACUGUGAAGGGGACGGAGAUGCCGAGGGGGACUCCUUGAGAGAGCUCUUGGGGGCCGAGGCGGUUCCCUCCAGGGUCUGUGAGAGCGGAGCCCCCAGUUCCCAGCCUGGCCUCCGCUGCCCGAGGGUCCCCCUCCCUGCUGCCUUUAACUCCCAGAGCCGUCAGCCCCCGUCCCCACCCCCGGGUUUCCCUCGAGCUUGAAUCCUAGCUAGUUCCUGGUUAGUGACAAAGUUGACCCCUCCCUUGUCACCAAACUGAGCACGUGUGCGGGGCUCUGGGAUCCCUGCGCUGCCCCGCACCAUCUCUCCCCGUGGUCACCGGGGCUGGGAGCACUGACGGCGCGUCCUUGUUACUCUGUGUCCCCAGGGGGCUGGGGGACUUAAAUGUGAAGCUGGCUGGGGGCCUGCGAGAUGCUGCCGCGGCCGCCAGGGCUUCAGCAGCCUGUGCAGACCCAGCGCCUUCUGAGGCCACGAGGGACACACUCGCUUUUUCAAAUGUGAUGUAAAAUUUGUACAGUAAAGUUUUUAUAUUUUCUAUCAACUACAUUUGUCUUCCAGAAAUGCUAUUAAUUUAAAUUAAAAUGGUUAGUAUUAACA